AUGAAUGGCAGCCUCAGUAACAAGAAACCGGUCAUCCUUCUCGUUACGGGAGCCUGGCACGCCCCAGAGCACUAUGCUCCACUGAUAGCCCUCCUCAGAUCGUACGGCUAUACAGUACACUGUCCAUUAUUGCCGUCGAAUUCUCAAUCGCAACCUCCAGCCAACCUGGACGAUGACAUCCUCUUCAUCCGCCCCUACGCCCUGUCCCUCCUCUCCGCAACGGAUCUCGUCGUCUUAACCCACAGCUACGGCGGCAUGGUCGCCAGCUACGCCCUGGCCAACCUCACGCAAAUCUCACCCAACCGCCUGACCCACCUGAUUUACAUGACCGCCUUCCUGCCACUCCCGGGCGAAUCUCUGUGCUCAAUCUUCGGCAUGGUCCCGCCCUUCCUCCGCCCCAACCCCUCCACCAACAACAUCGGUUUCAUUCCCAAUGGUCCCCGCAUCCACUUCUACCAGGACUGCCACCCGAGCCAAAUCGAUCGCGCCCCGGGCAAUGCUGAGAAAGUCUAUGAAGCGCUCUUUGCUGCAUCUGACCUGCCACUCGCGGAAGCCAUCUCGCAAGCACAAGCAGACGCCAAAAGACAACUGGCCGCGGACCCUGCUGCAAUCAUCGCCAACCCCGCUCUGGCAGACCUGCAAAUGGCGUACGACGAUCCGAACGUCGAGGUCGCGUAUAUCCAUUGCACCCAGGACGCAGGGUUGCUGCCACAGCUGCAGGAGAUGAUGAUUGGGAGGGUGCAUGAUCGCUGGGCGCAGAAGGCGAGUCGGAAGGUUGCUAAGGGUGCGAGCGCCGUCAUCAGGGAGGAAAGGAUCGAGGCGGGCCAUAGUCCGUUCUUGUCGCGGGUGGACGAAACUGCUAGGGUUGUCGAUUGCAUUAUCAUGGGUGACUGA